AUGAGGACAUUGCGGCUUUCUACGAAGGCUGGGCUCGAGAGCAAUAAGGCAGCGUUGCGUGCCUAUCUCAUGCUGCUUUGUGGAAUGGAGCCUGUAGGCGACUCGAAGAACCCACUUUUUGUACAACUUCAGAUACACGACGCUCAUCGCGACACACUGCUGAAACACACCAAGGAGCUGUACGUGGCAUCCCUAGAGCACCACCCGGAUACCUUUGUGAAUGUAAUUCCUAUUUUUCCAUCAAGUGAAGAGCAAUUCUUCUCCACAUGUAGUGAGAAUGACAGUGCCGCUCCACCAACUUUGUUUAGUGCGGGGUCAAUGACGGCGGACCGUGGGUUUGUGCCCGUGUAUACGUCCGUGGCUCUAGGGGGAACCUUUGAUCGCCUCCACGCCGGCCACAAACUACUGCUUACCACAGCGUUGUUUUAUACCACAAGGUCCCUGCGCGUUGGUGUCACGUUAGAGACCAUGCUGGCGGGGAAGAAGUAUGGCUCAUACAUUGAGCCAUUUGAGGCUCGCUGCGAUUCGGUCACGGAGUUCCUUUACAGCGUGCGAAGGGAUAUCGCACUGAAUGUUGUGGGAAUCACUGAACCAAGCGGCGGAACAAACCGCGAUGCGGAGGUAGAAGCAUUAGUGGUGUCUCCCGAGACAGUGAGUGCUGUCGCGUCUAUCAAUGCGGAACGGGCGUCAUACGGGCUCAAACCACUCGAAUACAUCCAAAUACCACAUGUGCGCACUGGCUGUGAUGACCUUAUCAGCUCCACCAGGCUGCGCAGGCAGUUGUUUGAGCAGGAUGAUGAUGCGAAGUGA